UAAAAUAAAAGAAUAACUCAUCCAGGUGUGACAGACAGACAGACAGACAGUUUUUGUGCAGUAAACCUGUUUGUGUGUUUUUCUCUGCAGAAUUGUGUCUGUCAGUCGGCGUCCGGAGUCUCAAAGCUGGAAAACCUCUGAACGUCUCUGUGGACGACCGACUGAAGGAACCUCGGCCCGGUACUUCCUCCGGACCGGGGGACGUUUCUGAACCAGACCACUGCACGGCGGCAUCUCCAGACUGUCUGGCUGGUCAUGAGGAAGAAGAAGAGGAAGACAACGACGAGAAGGUGUCUCACUGCUGCAGGGUCUGUGGGAAGUCCUUCGACAGGAAAGGCUUUCUUAUGAAGCACGUGGAGAAACACCUGAAGGAGGCAGAGUGUCUUUGUGGUCUGUGCGGCGAGCGCUUGGAGUCGAGUGACGGUCUGAGGCUGCACCUUCAAACGCACCGCGACAGCAGCCGGACCUGUGACAUCUGCGGCAAAAAGUUCCCCUCGAUCCGCGCUCAGGAGACGCACCUGCGGCUGCACACCGGAGAGAAACCCUUCAGCUGCCAUGUCUGCGGCAAAGUCUUCAACCAGAAGGGCAACAUGGUGACGCACAUGAGGAUCCACACGUCAGAUAAGCCGUUCAGGUGCAGCGUCUGCCACAAAGAGUUCAGCCACACCGGCUCUCUGGAGCGGCACAUGAAGACCCACGACGGACAGAAGCCGUUCAGCUGCAAAGUAUGCGGGAAAGGCUUCAGCAAGAGUGCUGAGCUGAGGCGACACGUCCGGAGCCACGAGUCCGACGACGCGCCCACCGCCAGGAGCCGACGCAGGAAACCGAGUCUGACUCCGUCUCACUGCUGCAAGGUCUGCGGGAACGCCUUUCACAAUAAAGGUAAUUUUGUGCGGCACGCAGAGACUCAUUUAAAUGAUCCUGAAUGUCGCUGCGGCGUCUGUGGAGAGCAGUCCGAGUCCUCUGAGAGUCUGCAGCUUCACAUCCAGAGCCACAGAGAAACCAGCAGGAUCUGUGACAUCUGCGGCAUCAGCUUCAGGGACAUGGAGAUCCACAUGAGGACGCACACCGGCCAGAAACCCUUCAGCUGCAAAGACUGCGGCAAGGACUUCCCCAGGAAGGGCUCUCUGGAGAGACACAUGAAGCUGCACGCCGGCGAGCGGCCAUACAUCUGUGAGUUCUGUGGGAAGACGUUCAUUGAAAACACCGUCCUGAAGAGACACAUCAAGAGCCACACAGGAGGGAAGCCGAGGAUCUACUCCUGCGAAGUCUGCGGCAAGAAGUUCACAAUGAGCCAGCACCUGGACGUGCACAAGAGGAUCCACACUGGGGAGAAACCGUACACCUGUAGAGUCUGUGGGAAAAACUUCCGGCAGAUCGGCAACCUGGACUCCCACAUGAGGAUCCACACGGGCGAGAAGCCGUUCAUCUGCAGCCUCUGCGGGAAGAGGUUUCGCCAGAAGAUCUCGCUGGAGACACACGAGCGGUUCCACAAGAAGGAGAAACCAUUCAGCUGCCAGCUAUGCAGCAAGGGCUUCGUCCAGAAGAUCGACCUGAAGAGACACAUGCUGACGCACACCGGGGAGAAACCAUACAGCUGCCGGAUCUGUGGGAAGAGCUACCAGGAGAAACGCUCAGUGGACUCACACAUGAAGGUUCACACCGGAGAACGAGCCGCAAAAGAGUCGACUGUUACGCCAAACUUGAAAAGACAGGAAGGAGUUCAAAAUGACUUCAUCCAGCUGUGACCGACAGAGGAACUGACUUCAUCCAGCUGUGACCGACAGAGGAACUGACGUCUUCCAGGAGCUCAGGAACUUAUUGAGGAACUUACUUUCCACCGCAGGAUCAGAGCGUGUGAGUGAACUGGGACUAUCAUCCCUCAUCGGUCUGUGGAGCUCUGAACCUCCAGUUGGGCUUUACAGUCGUCUCCAUGUUGGU